CUGCUCUAUUUAUUUGACCUUUGUAUCUUAACCUUUUCCUCUCCAUUUCAUCAUCUACCUCUGUUUUCAUCUCUUUCUUCUUUUGAGUUUUUUACUUUACCUUUUUCUCUUUGCCAGAAAUCUUCUUCUUCUUCUUGUUAUUUUGUUCUUCAAGUUCCAUGGCGGUUUUGCCUUCAAGCCCGUCUAGCUUGGAAUUGACCAUAUCUAUGCCCGGCUUUGCUUCAUCCCAAUCUAUUCCUUCAUCUGGGUUUAAAAGUGAAGUGAUUUGUGCAGUGAGGAACUUGGACAUAAACCAAGUGCCAUCAGGAGGUGUAGAAGAAGAGUGGAUAACGAUGAAUAUGGAAGAUGAAGAAGAAAGCAGCAACGGAGGCCCUCCCCGCAAGAAACUCCGUCUCACCAAAGAACAGUCCCGUCUUCUCGAAGAAAGUUUCAGACAAAACCAUACCUUAAACCCGAAGCAAAAAGAGAAUUUGGCUAUGCAGUUGAAGCUGAAGCCGAGGCAAGUUGAGGUGUGGUUCCAGAACCGUAGGGCCAGGAGCAAGCUGAAGCAAACAGAGAUGGAAUGUGAGUUCUUGAAGAGACGGUUUGGGUCACUAACCGAACAGAACCGGAGGCUUCAAAGGGAGGUAGAAGAGCUGAGAGCCAUGAAAGUUGGCCCGCCCACCGUGAUAUCGCCCAAUAGUUGCGAGCCCCUCCCAGCAUCCACUCUUUCUAUGUGCCCUCGUUGCGAGCGUGUGACCUCCAACGCCGCCCUCAAGGGCCCUACUAAGACCGCCACCACCACGCUGUCCACUAAAGUGGCAGUGCCUCCUCUUUAGUCAUGUCUAUCUUCAUUGACUACAGCUUGUUAGGGCGCAACUAUUAAUUAUCAGGUGUAAUUAAUUAAUGACCUAUAUAUGGAAGAGAAAAAAAACAAAAAAAAAAUAAAACUAAUAGAUUCAAUUAACAAUGUUCAUAGAAAAAUAAAUAUGUACCUACCUCUAUAUCUCGAUUCUGCUAAUUAAUUAGGAUCAAGUCUAUAUGGAUAAUUCUAUUUAAAAUUGCUUUAGUUUCGACUAAUAUUCUUGUUGUAUUGGUCAAGCUUGCCUUUGUUUACCGAGGAAUUAUUAAAGGAGAUUUAAAAAAGAAAAAACCAAAAUUUUAUAUCAUGUGAGAGAACAAACGUCGAGUCAACCAAAGACCAUAUACAUGAUAGAAUAAAGUUUAUAGUAUUUUAUGUUGUCCACGACCGACAGGCCUUGGACAAGGAAAGGGGAAAAAAAAUGUUGUGACCGACAUAAAGCAGAUGAUCAACUGGGGAGAGCUAGAGCUCAGAAAACAUGGGGAUCAUGCAAUUAGGUGGAUGGAAGCUGGUGGAUGUUGAUUUUUUGCUGUCCUGAGAAAUUAUUGUUUAGAAAUUAAUUUGUAACAAGUACAUGUACAUAUUAUAUGCACCA